AUGGCACUCACUCAAUACAGUUUGUUAACUAAAGAAAAUCCAUCUAAUAUAUGUUUUAUUCUUCGUCGAUUGGAGGCUGUAUCUCCUUUCUCUCCGAAAAUCCCCAAAGCAUAUCCUCCUAUUCCCAAUCAUCAACCGACAAGUCGUCCUCAUCAACAGUCCUCUCGUAGUUCAUCACGACGUUCUAAUGUUCCAGUGACAUCUGAAAAUAAAGAAUUAUAUUCCUCUACUUCAUCAUCCUUACCGAUUCCAGCUCAGCAAUAUGCUAGCUCUGCAAAGCAAUCAAGAAUUUAUCGUUGUGAUCCUAGUCAUGAACUAAUUCAUUCUACCUUAGUAACCAGUGCUGCUGGUGAAGAAAAAUCAUAUCACGAUGUUGAUCAAUAUAAUCAACUUAAAGAUCAAUUGGCAUAUCAAGAACAACAAGUUGAACUCAAUCGGAUACGGUUGCUUCGAUUAGACAAGGAAAUCAAUCAUUUAGAACAGUCAGCCCGAUUUGGUGGUAAUAACAACAAUAGUAAUAGUAAUAAAGAUGGUUAUUCUACGUUGGAUUUAUUAAGUGGAUCGGCUGUUGGUCCUGUGGCAGAAUUGGCCCAACUAGCAGCUACACCAUGGUCACAAUUAUUAGAUACAAAUCGUGCCAGACAACGUGAAUUAUUAUCAGAAUGUGAACGGCAUAAAAUUGCUAUCGAUCAAGUGGAUACCCAUUUAGCUAAAACAAAAAUGAAUUUAUCUCAACUAGAAAAUCAAAUCAGUCAAGAGUUAAAUCAAUUGCUCAAUGAAUUGGAAGGAUAUAAUCAACAUAGAAGGUUACUACUGAAAUCAGCCGGAAGUAGUAGCUCACAAACUCGUCCUAGAACAACUAUCAAUAA